UUUUUUCCGAUGGUCUACUCGCGUAAAGCGUAAAUCCGUCCCCUGUGGUGGUCGCAAAAACCAUCGAUCACGUCGUUCAUCUCAGUAAAAGGGCGAACAAACUAACGAAGACAUCGGCUUUGCUGAUCCGUCCGCGGUCCGCCGUCAAACACGGUCGUCGGAAUAUAGUAGAAUCGAACCGUAUUUAUCCUGCCGUGACGACCUUGUUCAGCUGGUGCAGCUGGCCCGUUCUUCGUAGCGUUGGCCAACCUUCGUCGCCCCGUACCUUUGUUAUCUGCUUCUGGGAUAUUGAUAAUCGAAUUGUCGUAAUUCGUAUAAUAAUAAUAAUAAUAAUAUUAUAUGAUUAUGCUCGAUGUGAUAUUAUUAUAUACACACAUCGUAUUGCAUUAUACAUUAUUAUUAUUAUACACGCAUCACACACACGAACUACGAAGAGCAUAAAGGAGGAAUCUAAAAUUAAUUUUUCUGGCUUGUUUUAAUUCAUUAUUUUUUCUCCAUUCUUAUUUCGUUGUUUCUUUUAACUCUCUGACGACGGCGACGACGAAAACAACGAUUAACAUCGACUACAGCGACGAAUAGUGGAUACUCCUUUUUCGCUCUGACUGUUCGCCGCCCCGUCUUCUGUUUAAUCGCAAUUUUGUUUUCCAAACGCAUUGCGUCCGCAGAAAAAUGUCACUAAGAUCGAAGACUGUGUGCGAGAUAUGCGGCGAAUCGUUUUUGACCGAAAACAAACUGUCCAACCAUAUAACGGAACGACACGUCCACUCGUCUACGAGUCCGUCGCCAAGCGUCGGUUCAUCGUCCAAGCGCCGAAAACUGGACGCCGACUCCGAUGUCAGGUGUCCGCUCUGCGACUACGUAGACCUAGACACUGACCGUCUGCAGCAACAUGUUAAUCGCAUGCAUUUUGACCCCGGCAGUCCCCGACGUCCGGGUACCGUAGACUUCCCUUGUCCGAUAUGCCCGCUGGCGUUUGAUCACUGUGAUAAUCUCGAAACUCACAUAAACGAAGAACACCACGAUAUUGUUAGCCCUCAAACGGACUGUGAUAGUCAGAGGAUACCAUUGUUGGAAAGUAUCAAUGAAGGUUGUGUGAUAUGCGGAAUGAAAAAUUUUGAUAGCUUAAGAGAUUUGGACGCACACAUUGAGCAACAUUACCGAGGUUCAACACCACCUACCCAAGACCAUUUACCCAAUCAUGAUCAACUAUUGGCAAAACAAUUGGAAAAACAAGAACGUGAACGUAUGAAACAAAAAGAACAAGAAGAUUUUCAAAAAUUACAAUCUGCUUAUGGCAUGGACAACAAAGGCAAUUAUAAUCAACAAACUAUGACUAACCUACAAGAAGCUGUAUCCAGUGGCCAAUUAACUGUUUAUGAUUAUUACGAUAAAAUAUAUGAAAUAAAAAUGGCUGAAAGUAAAGGACUUGAUACUGGUGAAUCAGCUACUAGAGACUUGAUUGAGUACAUUCGUCACUUCAGUGCUUCAUCACCUAAUGUAAUAGAAUUACAUUUGGCUUCUCCAACCGAUCAUUAUAGAUCAACUUAUGGCGACAAAGGUUGGGGAUGUGGAUAUAGGAAUAUGCAAAUGUUAAUGUCCAGUAUGCUUUUACAAAUGGAUUAUAAUGAACAUAUAUCAAGAGUGUGGGAAGUUGAGAAAGGACCUUUACCUCGGGCAUGGAUGCCAUCUAUAUCAAGAUUACAGCAACAUUUAGAAAAAUCCUGGAGCAUGGGUAUUGAUGAACCUGGUAGAGAACAAUUAGGUGGUACUGUGUAUAACACAAAAAAAUGGAUCGGAGCUACUGAAGUUGUAACUAUGCUAACAGCUUUGAAAAUUAAGACAUUAUUAAUUGACUUUCGAAAACCAACUGGUUCGAAAAAUACUCAUCCAGAAAUGUUUCACUGGUUGUAUGAACAUUUUAGCAAUAGAAAAAAACAAUUUAUUCCUCCGGUUUAUAUACAACAUGAAGGUCAUAGUCGAACUGUAGUCGGUGUUGAAAAACUAUCUGAUGGUACAAUUCUGCUGUUAGUAUUAGAUCCAAGUGGUCAUUAUGAUAAAUUAAGAACAGAAGCUGGAAUGACAACUAUGUCACAUAUAAGAAAAUCUAUGUACACAUUCAAGGCAAAAGAGUAUCAACUAGUCACAGUCAGUGGCAUAAUCACAAGUGAUUCAGAAUUUGAAAGUGGCAAAACAAUUAAAUCUACUCGUGGUUCAUAACAAUUAUUAAGAAAUUGAAAUCGUUUUUGCAGAGCUUAAAAAUGUUGUUUGUAUUUUAAUUUUCCUUUUUAUACAUUCUAAAAUCCUGUAAAAUAUAAUUAUAGACCAAACGCAAACUAUAAGGUUUAACACUUUUAGAAUGUCUUA